AUGGUCAGGAGCUUCAAAGAAUUCGCUGCAGCCAUGAUGAGGGCAAGAAAGAGCCUAGUGAGAAGAAGAAGAGACUCAGAGGCCGGAGGAGAGGAUUCACGAGCAGCUAUGGGUUCCAGAGCAUAUCUAGAUAAUCUAGGUCCGAUCGCCGUCGAAACACUCUGUCUUUGGUGCUCUAGAGUGGGCGGAACUGGGGCUGUGAAAAAUGUGGAAGUCUUGGACGAUAUCGGUUCGGCUGCUGCAGAUGCUCUCAAUGCUCUUUUCCUCGAGGAACCCAAAUUUUCUCUGCGGCUCCUCCUGCCUGCUGGAGUUGUGCCUGCCCUGAUUCAUGCGUGCUCAACAUCGCACAGCCCAGCCAUGCAGACGGCAGGAGCAGGAGCGUUGCUGAAUCUGGCGCGAGAGGAAGAAGCGCGGAAAGAAAUCGUCAUGGCAGGAGGGAUCUCAUCGCUGAUCUCCCUCCUGAGGCAGAAGCCGUGUCCUCCUGCUGUUGCCCGCAGUGCUUGUGGGGCCCUUCAGAACAUCUCCCUGACUGCUGGCUACGAGGACCCGUUGAUAGACAGCGGCGCUCUUGACGUCCUCCUCUCCCUGCUCAGCAACUCGUCGGACGAGCUCGUGCAAGAGAGAGCAGCUGCCUGCAUAGCCAACCUGACGGCGGGAGGCGAGCGUGCGAGGCUUGCCGUGCUGGAAAGGAAGGGCGUCCCUGUGCUCGUGCAGCAGCUGGAGGUCGUGAAGAGGAAGAAUGCUCGGACGGGGGUGUCAGAGCUCGCUCCUCCGUCUCUCUCCAUGAUCUGCGCUGUAGGAGGGGCUCUGAAGGGCCUGGCCCAGCUCCCCAAGGUUGACGGGAUGUUGUAUGGAACCGGCGCAAUCAUGCAGACAGCGGUGCUGCUGGAGUACUUGAAGAUGUCCAUGGAAUGGAGGCCAGCAGUGAUCGGGGAGGAGGAGAGCAGGGCGCUAGAGGCACUCAUGGAGUUCAUCAGGAACGUGUCUGUGCAUGCCACUCAGGGGAAGCAUCGGGAGGAGCUGAGAAAGUCGAACUUGGGGGUGGUAGUAGGCAAGUUUGUAAAGCAGCUCUGCCCAGCUGAGACUGAGCGGUUCCCCGAGCACGCGAGGAGGCUGCUGGUGGAAGCGAUCUCAGCAGUGAGGAACUUGAGCAUUGGGAAUGAGGAGAUGCAGAACCAGCUCGGGUCAAGUGGGGUGAUAGAGACCUUGACAGGGCUGGUAGAAAAGAUGCUGGAGGCUCCCUGGCGCUCCGAAGUUCUGCUUGUGGAAACCUUGCAUGCUCUUGCGAACUGCAUGCAAAACUCAAGCUUGAAUCGUCAGAGGGCUCUCGCUGCAAGGUGUAUGAAGCUCUUCAUGACGCUGGCCUCACAGGAGGCGCGAGAGCCGAUAGUGGGCGGAGCAUGCUCGGUCCUCUGUUCCUUGUCGAUGCUGCCGGACGCUCGAACGAAGAUGCUGGAACGCGAUGGCCUUCCCAUGAUUCUUGCAGAGACGAUCACCGGCUGUGCUGGUACUCUGCUUAACUUUGGCAGCGUCAGACACAACCUCGUCAAAUUCGUUCAGUUGGGAGGAUGUAAGUUGGUGACGAAGCACAUUCAAGACUGUGGCAACGAUGCUACUCGCUUCAUACUCAUCUCGCUCAUCCAAAAUCUGUGUGAGAUUGAGGAGCUUCGCCUCCGGCUAGUCGAGGAAGGGUUGGCCCGCGUCUCCCUCAAGCUCAUCGCUCUGAGGAGCAGCACCCCUGAAGCUGUGGUCGAGGUUGCGGCGUCUGUUAUCGCCACCUUGUCGCAUGACAGAAGCACUAAGAUGCAUCUCGUCAAGAUGGGAGCGGCUGCGGUUCUAGAGGAAGCUUGUCUGACCUCCAACGAGACCAUCAAGAGGCUGGCGAGGUCCUCCCUCAACAGCCUCACAUGA